GGGUCACGGGGAGGGGGGGGCACCGGGCACGGCCGGAGCCCGGCGGGGACGGUGCUCGCCGAGGCCCGGCAGUGCCGGCUCUGAGACCCCCCUACGGGCCUACGGCGGGGCCGCGGGCGCUCCGGUCCCGGCCCCCACCCGCCAACUCUCCCGCUCAGAUCCCAGCCCGGGGCUCCGCCGCCCCGCUGGCCCCGCGCAGGGACCCCGGUGCAGCGGCGGGCCGGGGGAGCUCAGAGCCCUCCGCCGUGUCCCCGGGCCGCGGCGGGGCGGAGGCGGGGGCGGCCCCGGGGCCGCUGACGGCGGCGGUGACGGCGACGGAGCCGGAGCACGGGACGGCCCCGGCACAGCGCCCGGCACCGCCUCCCGCCCGGGGCCGCCCCGCCCGGGCCGCCGCCGCCGCCGGCUCCAGCACCUCGGACAGCGCCCGGCCAGAACCGCGGACAGCGCCGGGUGCCGGUGGCGGCACCGGGCCGCCCCCAUGGCGCUGCUCCGCGUCCUCUGCCUUCUCGCUGCCCUCAGACGGAGCCUGGGCACGGACACGGAGGAGCGGCUGGUUGAGUACCUGCUGGACCCUGCUCGCUAUAACAAGCUGAUCCGGCCGGCGACCAAUGGCUCGGAGCUGGUGACCGUGCAGCUGAUGGUGUCGCUGGCGCAGCUCAUCAGCGUGCACGAGCGGGAGCAGAUCAUGACCACGAAUGUCUGGCUGACCCAGGAGUGGGAGGACUAUCGCCUCACGUGGAAGCCUGAGGACUUUGACAACAUGAAGAAGGUCCGCUUGCCCUCCAAGCACAUCUGGCUGCCUGAUGUGGUGCUCUACAACAAUGCCGAUGGGAUGUACGAGGUCUCCUUUUACUCCAACGCGGUGAUCUCCUACGAUGGCAGCAUCUUCUGGCUGCCGCCCGCCAUCUACAAGAGCGCCUGCAAGAUCGAGGUGAAGCACUUCCCCUUUGACCAGCAGAACUGCACCAUGAAGUUCCGUUCCUGGACCUACGACCGCACCGAGAUCGACCUGGUGCUGAAGAGUGAGGUGGCCAGCCUGGAUGACUUCACCCCCAGCGGCGAGUGGGACAUCGUGGCGCUGCCGGGGCGGCGCAAUGAGAACCCCGACGACUCCACCUACGUGGACAUCACGUACGACUUCAUCAUCCGGCGUAAGCCGCUCUUCUACACCAUCAACCUCAUCAUCCCCUGCAUCCUCAUCACCUCCCUGGCCAUCCUUGUGUUUUACCUCCCGUCCGACUGCGGCGAGAAGAUGACGCUCUGCAUCUCUGUCCUGCUCGCCCUCACCGUUUUCCUCCUGCUCAUCUCCAAGAUCGUGCCACCCACCUCACUGGACGUACCCCUGGUGGGCAAGUACCUUAUGUUCACCAUGGUGCUGGUGACCUUCUCCAUCGUCACCAGCGUCUGCGUCCUCAACGUGCACCACCGCUCGCCCACCACGCACACCAUGCCGCCCUGGGUCCGCACCCUCUUCCUGCACAAGCUCCCGGCGCUGCUCUUCAUGAAGCAGCCGCGGCAGAGCUGCGCCCGCCAGCGCCUGCGCCAGCGCCGGCACACGCAGGAACGCGCGGCCGCCGCCGCCGCCGCCACGCUCUUCGUGCAGGCCGGUGCUCACACCUGCACCUGCUACGCCAACCCCGGCGCCGCCAAGGCCGCCGAGGGGCUCAACGGUUACCGGGAGCGGCAGGGGCAGGCGGCGGGGCCCGGGGCGGGCUGCGGCUGCGGGCUGGAGGAGGCGGUGGACGGCGUGCGCUUCAUCGCCGACCACAUGCGCAGCGAGGACGACGAUCAGAGCGUGAGCGAGGACUGGAAGUACGUGGCCAUGGUCAUCGACCGCCUCUUCCUAUGGAUCUUCGUCUUCGUCUGUGUCUUUGGCACCGUUGGCAUGUUCCUGCAGCCCCUCUUCCAGAACUACACCACCAACUCCCUGCUGCAGCUCGGCCAGGGCACCCCCACCUCCAAAUAGCAUGGGGAAUGGCCAGUCCCAGGGCCAGAGAGAUGGGUACUGGGCUCAGGCAGCCCCUGCAAACCAAUAAAUAUUCCCACAGGA